AUGCGCAGCGGUUACAAAGUCUUCCUCGCUAUCACGCAGAUAUUUCUUUUACAGCCAAAUAAUCAGGGACCCGGCUCUCCGAUCUCGGUCUACAAUUUACCGGAUCAAUUUGACAGCGCUCUAACCUUAGUCUGGGCUGAUGGAGCCAAUGGUAAUGGAACACCCUCUGCGGAACGUGCUGAAUACUGCCAGAAUAGUGCGCGCCGCUGCUCAAAAGGAUCCGCUACGCCUCGCAGUCCUGAUCCGUUAUCCCGCCGGGCGUUGCGGAGGACUUUGACACCCGUUCGCCUUGACCGGACCAUCGUGUUCACCACUCAUUUCUUGGACGAAGCUGAUCUCCGAGGGCAAUCCCGUUGCUCUCAAGUCAAACCUUGGGCAGGGAUACAGCGUCCAAGUCGUGUUCAACUCCUUGAUUUGGCUGAGAAGGACCUUCCAAAAGUAUUCUCCGAAACUUUGGAUCGUAUUCGCGAAGUUGGUCCCCAGCGUUAUAUGUCACUCUCCUCACCGAGCCAGGCAUCAUACCACCUCAAGCCAAUGGAUCCUGCUGUUGUGGAGAAGGUCCUCCAGCUGCUGGAUCAGAAGUGCGAUGCUCUUUGCGCCGCGCCCUGUGAUGUGCUUGGGACAUCCGUUGAAGAUAUCUUCCUGAAUCUCACGGCCCACCAAACUGGUAGCGUCUCCCUAGAUAGCGCUGAGAGGUCCAUUUCAAGUUCAGACAUGCUCACGGGUGAUUCGUUGUUUGCGCGGCAGGCGGCCCUGCCCAGCUUAGCUGGUCCGACUAUGAUGAACCUGGCAACAAAUAUACUUUAUAAUCGGGCAUCAAACACUUCUGGGGACAUUGAACACCCGCCGAACCUUAUUUACGCGAGCUAUGCUGCUUUCCUUCAUCUUGCUUCGGGGACUCUGGUUGAUCUCAAGUGGGCGGCAUUCUUUGGGGCUGCUAUGUUUGGCUUUCCCGUUCCAUCAUGCGAUUUGGAGGUCCCAUCCUCUACCUCUUGGUUUAUGGCUUUGUGCUGUUCGGUAUUCUCUUAUGGGUUGAUUAGCUAA